AUGCGGCUCCUGGUGCUGGCGUGCUGCUGCUGCUGCUGCCUGAUGUCGCGCCGGGCGGCGGCGGUGGCGCCGGGGCCGGGCCAGGUGGAGUACUCGGUGGCCGAGGAGUCGCCGCGCGGCACGCCGGUGGGCAACGUGGCCCGCGACCUGGGCCUGGAGGCGGCGGCGCUGGAGGCGCGCAAGGGGCGGCUGGUGGGGGGCGCGGGGCCGGCCUACUUCGUGCUGGAGGCGGGCGGCGGCGGGGCGCUGGCGGUGGGCGAGCCGGUGGACCGCGAGGCCAUCUGCGCGCUGCAGCCCUCGUGCGCCCUCUCCUACGAGCUGGUGCUGGAGAGCCCGCUGGAGUUGCACAAGCUGCGCGUCCGCGUCCUCGACGUCAACGACCACGCGCCCCGCUUCCCGCUGCCGGAGCACCACCUGCGCGUGGCCGAGUUCCUGGCGGCCGGGGCCCGCUUCGCGCUGCCUAGCGCCCACGACCCCGACGAGGGCCCCAACGGCGUGCGCACCUACGCCCUCAGCCCCGACCCCCACUUCGGCCUGGCCAUGCAGGCCCGCGCCGACGGCACCUCCUACCCGGAGCUGGUGCUCGAGCAGCCCCUCGACCGCGAGCGCCAGGCCGCCCACCGCCUCGUCCUCACCGCCCUCGACGGCGGCAGCCCCGCCCGCUCCGGCAGCGCCCACGUGCUCGUCACCGUCCUGGACACCAACGACAACGCGCCCCUCUUCGAGCACUCCGUCUACCGCGCCAGCGUCCUGGAGACCUCCCCCGCCGGCACGCCCGUCACCCAGGUGCGCGCCACCGACCCCGACGAGGGCGCCAACGGCGAGGUGCGCUACGCCUUCAGCAACAGCACCCCCGCCCAGCUGCGCCGCCUCUUCCGCCUCGACCCGCAGAGCGGCCAGGUGCGCCUCGACGGCCCGCUCGAGGGCCACACGCCCCCGCUGGAGCUCUUCGUGGAGGCCCGCGACCGCGGCCUCUUCCCCCUCUCGGGCCUGGCCAAGCUGCUGGUGGACAUCACCGACGUGAACAACCACGCGCCCGAGAUCGUGGUCACCUCCCUCUCCAGCCCCGUCCCCGAGGACUCGCCGCUGGGCACCGUCGUGGCCCUGCUGAGCAUCACCGACCGCGACCCGGGCGAGAACGGGCGCGUCAUCUGCCAGCUGCCCACCCAGCUGCCCUUCCAGCUCAAGGCCUCCUUCGACAGCUACUACACGCUGGUCACCAGCGGCCUCCUGGACCGCGAGCGGGUGGCCGAGUACAACGUCACCCUCACCGCCUCCGACCUGGGCGCGCCGCCCAUGGCCAGCCGCAAGACGCUGCGCCUGCAGGUCGCCGACGUGAACGACAACCCGCCGCGCUUCCUCACCCAGCGGCGCGAGGUGGAGGUGGCCGAGAACAACCCGCCCGGCGCCUCCCUCUUCCACGUCUCCGCCGCCGACCCGGACCUGGGCGACAACGGCCGCGUCUCCUACGUGCUGCGCGACACCGAGGUGCAGGGCAGCGCCCUCUCCACCUACCUGGCCAUCGACGCCGUCGCGGGCACCGUCUACGCCAAGGGCCCCUUCGACUUCGAGCGCCUGCAGAGCUUCCACUUCCAGGUGGAGGCCCACGACCACGGCUCCCCGGCCCUGGCCGCCGCCUUCCUCGUCAGCAUCUCCGUCCUGGACCUCAACGACAACCCGCCCGUCAUCCUCUACCCGGCGGCGUCGAGGAACGGCUCGGUGGCCGUGGAGGUGGUGCCCCGCCUGGCCGACGCCGACUACCUGGUCACCAAAGUGGUAGCCCACGACCCGGACAGCGGCCAGAACGCCUGGCUCUCCUACCACCUGCUGCAGGCCUCCGACGCCACCCUCUUCCGCGUCUCCCCCGACGCCGGCGAGGUGCGCACGGCCCGCGCCCUGCGCUCCAGCGACGCGCCCAAGCACAAGGUGGUGGUGCUGGUGAAGGACCGCGGCGAGCCGCCCCUCUCCGCCUCCCUCACCCUGGGCGUCCUGCUGGCCGACGCGCUGCCCCAGGCCCUGCCCGACUUCGACGACGGCCUCGAGGCCCGCGCCGGCCCGCAGCCCCUCUCCCGCCUCAACUUCUACCUGAUCGUGGCCCUCGGCUGCCUCUCGUGCGUCUUCCUGGCCUUCCUGCUCGUGCUGCUCGCCCUGCGCCUCCUGCACGCCAGGCCCGCCCGCUGCUGCGCAUGCGCCGGCUGCUGCUGCCCCGCCGACGACUACGAGAAGUACCGCUACAACGUGCGCAUGCUGCCCGGCUCCCACUUCACCCCCGAGAUGGUGGAGAUCGCCGGCAUGGGCAAACUCACGCACACCUACCUGUACCGGGCGGCGCUGGGCGUGGGGCCCAGCAACAACAACCUCGUGGUGCCCAAUGGCGACGCCGCCGCCGCCGCCGGGAACCUGGCCAAAGGGGCCGGCAACCUCUUGCAAGUGCCCGCCUCCUGCAUCCAGGUGCAGAAAGUGAAGAGCGACCACUUCAACGCCAUCCUGGUGGUAAGCCCGCUUGGGAAGGGUUGCAGGGCCGGGGAGGGCAGAGGGGGCACCCGGGAGCUUUGCGUGGCCUUUCUGAUCCCGGGCUCAACACCAAGGAAGUGAUUUGAGGAUGAAAGCAAGCCUGAAUACCGCCCCUUUAAAUCUCCCCCUGUAGGGCAGAGAACAUACAAUCUGCAGGCCAGAGUCCACCUACCCCCCUCUUUUCCUUGAGGCUAUACCUUGAGGAGGCAAGUGAAGCUUGGUGGACUGUGGCUUCUGGACAGGCAGAAGGGAGUGAGUGCGGGGGGGGGGGGGCUUUGAAUGCGGUGGGAACUUUAGAAGUGGCAUUCCUGGGAUUUCAAUGGUCUCUACAUGGCUAUCAGAUAGGACAGCUCAAGGGAGCCUCUAUGUAUUCAGAGGCCUGUUCUGAAUACAUGAGAUAAGUCUGGUCACAGGUGGCAACAGGAUGCUGGACCACUUCAGGGCGCUUCUUAUGCUCCCCAGGUGCACUGUGGGUAUGAUGCAGUCAGCUGUUUUCAGUUAGGAGGAAA